AUUAGCUUUUCGUAAGCUUGACACAUGCUAUAUAGACAGAUGUAACCCUUUUACUUUAGUCACAAGCCGACAACGAUGUUUUGCCUCUGCAGCUUUGCAGCGGUUCUUGUUUUCCUCGGGGUGUGCGCGGGGCAGGCGCCAUCUACAACAGGAACGGGCAGGAGUCACGACUUGGUGGUAUUCUCCCAGAGGGAACUGGUGCACAUCGACGUUACAACUGGUCAGUCCAAUAGUUAUUCUUUGCCGGGCAUCUUCAGCAUCAACGCCGUGGACUACGACGAUGUGGACAACAGAUUGUUCAUCAUGUCAGCCUAUAGUAACAUCGCUUCCUCCAACGUGGACGGCAGUAACCUCACCUACCUGCGUGAUUGGACGUCAAACCCCAAGCCUCACUCUGACUGCCUGACAGUGGCCAGUGAUGCGCGACUCGUGUUCUUCGCUGGAACGGGCCGACAGGUUGUCCGAAUGAGCGUUAAUGGUGAUCAUGAGACUGUCUUAGUCAACCGUCGGAACAGGGUGCGAAGAAUGGCUGUCGACCAAGCGACAAGGAUGGUAUUCUGGUGUGAGCAAGAGCUUGACAACCACUUGUACAAGAUGGGUUUUGAUGGCGGACAAGUGGCGAUACACAAGGACCUCCACUUCUUUGGGCCACGACCGAGGGCCAUGGACUUAGUCAAUAACAGGAUGUUCACAGUUGAGUAUGACGGUAUCUAUGCGAUCAACAUGACGCAGUUUGACUACACGAUGAUCCUCAGCGGCCGACGCAGUGACAUGAAUGAAGACAUUGUGUAUGACCCAAGGAGACAACGCGUGUUCUACUCUUUCGGCAAUCUCCAGAAAGUCAGGAUGAUGACUCCCACUGGCGACCAGAAUUCCCCCAUUGGACCUAACCUUGGAAGGGGCAAGAAGCUUCUUCUUUUGCUGUAGGCGAUGUUGGUCACCAAGUUCCAAUCUCAACAUCUAAUCAGGAAAUAAACUAGAUUAUCACUCAAGAAGGUUUUAUUUGUUUGAAGGAAUGAGUGAAUAAAUGUUGUUUAAGCUGGA